AUGGAUCCGAUAAAGUACAUAUUCGAAAAGCCUGUUGUUACUGGUAGAAUUGCCCGGUGGAAAAUGCUGAUAACCGAGUAUGACAUACAGUAUGUGACCCAGAAAGCAAUAAAGGAGAGUAUUCUGUCUGACUAUCUAGCCCACCUGCCUGUUGAAGUCUACCAACCAUUAAAGUUUGACUUUCCAGAUGAAGACAUCAUGUUUAUCAGAGAUUUUAUUAUGCCAGGCUUCGAGGUAAGCCCUGAGGAAGGCCCCGAACCAGGAUCGCGAUGGACACUCGUGUUCGACUGUGCUUCCAAUGCCCGAGGUCAUGGUAUAAGUGUUGUUAUCACUUCUCCAACUGGUUUCCACAUCCCCUUCACCGCUAGAUUAUGUUUUGACUGCACCAACAAUAUGGCAGAAUAUGAAGCAUGUAUCUACGAUUUAAAGGCGACAAUCGACUUGAGAAUCAAAAUCCUCGAGGUAUUCGGUGAUUCAGCUCUGGUGAUCAAUUAG